GAGAGCGCUCGAGCUGUGCGACCCGGAGCGCGGAUCACCCUGUCCCCUCCCCUGCCCUGCUCGCAGUAUAUCAGCACCACUCACUUAUUGCCUAAUGGCUACGGCUACGAAGGAUAAAGAGAAGCCGGCACCUUGGGAUGUAACUGAAAACACAUCCAGUUCGGCACACAGCAACCAAAACAACAACAAUAACAACAACAACAACAAUAAUAACAACAAAGACAGCGAAGGAAACGAAGGAACAACGACACCCACGUCUGCACCCGUGGACCCGAGCAGCACAGAGAGCAGUGCACCGGGGAACGGAGCUGGGGUCACUGCCCCAGGAGGCGCGAACGGUAAAUGGGUCCGGCUCAAUGUCGGCGGUACCGUGUUCCUGACGACGCGCCAGACACUGCUCAAAGAGCAAACAUCCUUCCUGUACCGACUGUGUCAGCAGCAAGACCUGCAUUCUGACACGGAUGAAACAGGCGCCUACGUGAUCGACAGAGACCCCACAUACUUCGGCCCUAUACUCAACUACCUCCGACAUGGGAAACUGGUUUACAACAAGGAACUGGCUGAAGAAGGUGUCUUGGAGGAGGCAGAGUUUUAUAACAUCACUCCACUGAUUAAACUAAUUAAAGAGAGGAUUCUUGAACGUGACUGUAAGGCCUCUCAGCAGGUACCUCCAAAGCACGUCUACAGGGUGUUGCAGUGUCAGGAGGAGGAGCUGACGCAGAUGGUGUCCACGAUGUCGGACGGCUGGAAGUUUGAGCAGGUCAGCGUACGUGCCUGCCGAAAGCCGUGGCCCGGACUGCUCUGGACUAUGGUGAAUAUUGGCUCAUCUUACAGCUAUGGUACAGAGGACCAGGCUGAGUUCCUCUGUGUUGUGUCCAAAGAGCUGCACACAUCUGGUGGGGGCCUGGGGGCUGAGCAGAGCCACAAGAAUAAGGCCUCAGACACUCAGGUGGAGGAAGGAGAAAAGGAGGAGCAGGAAGAGGAAGACGAGAGAGAAAGAAAUGCCACCCCAAAUGAGUGGCUUUAAAGAUUAGUGGACUUGUGUCAUUGUUCUGAUCGCAGGAAUGGCUUUUCCAAAUUCAUGGAUCCCGGAUGUAGAGUGUACACCUUUUUUGUAUUGCCAUGGUUAUUUUAUUAUUUAUUUUUUUAAAUACUGAAUUGUUCGUCUCAGAGGUCAGUGGAAAAACCAGCAGCUGAAAGAUAAACAAAAUAUGGAACUGUGUGUGAAGAAUGUGUAGAAGUGUGCUGUAGCUGGAGAAAGUGUUAAUGUUUAAGCAAAAGAAGUUAAUAGAUCCUACUAACCUGUGACCAAAGGGCGCCCAGCUGUGGUAUAGCCCAUAUCAACUAACUUUAGUGUAAUGAAAACAGGGGUAAAAAAAAAGAAAAUUCAAACCUUUCCAUGAUUCAACUUUUCACUAGAAUAUCUAACUCCUACCAUAACCUUAUCAGCGAUACAAAGAUUUGAAGUAAAUGACUUAACAAUAUUAUAAAAUACAAAAUAAUUUGUAUUUUCUGCGAAAAUGGCUGUGAAAAUGUGACUUGUAUAAAAAUAUGUGAAUGUGAAUCCUGCAGGCAUGUAGCCUGAGCACCACUGAAUGAGAAGUAGACAGGCUGUUAUACGUUAUUCUGUACCCCAACACAAGUGUGACUGGGACGCUGCACUGAUCCAGUGUUGCAGUUGGCUUGUGAUACUUACAACAGGGUCUGAUUUCAAUGCUAUAUUAUGACAUUUAUAUGAUGCUCUUCAGUUUUGCAUUUAUUAUGAUCCUAUAAUAGCUUUCUACAUUUGGGUCCUAUUAACCCACUUUAUUUGAAAAUACAAUUAAACCAGAUAUUUAAUUUAACAACAGAAAGUUAGCACAAAAUA